AUGGGGACGGUGUUAGGUGCUCUGGGAAGUUGUGCAGCCCUUUCAUCUUGCGCUUCGUGUGCAAGUUCGUUGGCUCCUGUGGUAAGUGUCAUCCGCCAUGUUGGAAUGUAAAAUUAUUAUGCUGCAAAUUUAUCCGAUUAGGGUAGUACUCAAGCUUAUAUAGAGAUUACUUCAUGGUUGGUGAGUGCGUACGAUUUUUAUUCAAAAUUUUUAGACGAUGAAGUGAGUUUUACACACUCAAAAGCGUAAAAGUUUCGACAUUUUGUCUUUUCAACAUUUUAACUGAAGGAAAAAAUGAAAAUUAUAAAAACUAGUUAAAAACUCAUAUUAAACAACGCAUUAAAGCAAUUGGUAAGGUUUCCAUAAAACCCCAUACAUUUAUUAUGCAUACAUGUUUUGACUCUAUUCAUAUUAAACUAUUUGUGACUCAGAAAAAGUAUGAAAUUGCUGCAUGCAUAAUAAAUGCAUGGGGUUACAUAUGUACAUGGAAAUCUUACCAAGGAAUGUUUUUUAAGUGAAGCUUACUCAUCAUCACUGUAAGGUAUGUGGUCCUUGGUCCGGAUGAAAAAGACAUAAGUAAGUGUUUCUUAUCUUAGAAGAAGAGUAGGGAGCUGAAAUUUGUGACCGUGCACGGGAAAACGUACCUUAACGCUUAUCCGUUAGACAAGCAAAAGCGUUAAGCAUCCGUUAGUCAUCCGUUAGAAAGGUUUCUUAAGAACGUUAGAGGCGUUAGUCCAGCCGUUAGAAGUUAGCAUGAGGCCGUUAGAACGGACAGUGUAACCGUUAGCAAGAGACAUGUAUCCGUUAGCCGUUAGCAUCAGACCGUUAGACGGGUCAGCAUAACCGUUAGCAAAAACUCUGCAUCCGUUAGUACGGCUAGAGAAGCCGUUAGGAUCCGUUAGAAUAAACUAGCAUCCGUUCAACGGCCUUCAUACAGUAACUAUAAUUAUUAUACACGAUCCAAAACAAACCACGUUUGCCGACAAGUAAAAUCAUAACAACGAUCGACAUUAUAUGAACUGUUUACUUCAGCAAAGUCCGGUUGUUUCAAGAGCUUGUAUUUUGUUCUGUAAUUUCUGACGAAAGAAAAGUUAAGAAUAUCUUAUAAAUGCCAUAAACGGAUAAAACAAACACGGGGAAAGCUCGACCAAAAUGGCCAUUGCGAUGAAUAAAAGGUCUGCGAAGUAAACACUGAUCACAAAGUCAUGUCAAGAACUUGUGCUCGUGUUUCGUCACGCAACAAUGGUUGUCAAAAUGCUAAUUUGUGGCGAUUGCUACGACCUGCGAGGUGGGAUCCCAAAUGAUCAAUAACCUUCUUCCGUUCCCUUUAAUCGCUAUUUGCAAUCAUUAAAAUAAUUAAGUGGUCUUUGUCGUUCGAACUGAAGUAGAAUAAUAUUAUUUGGUUUCAAUUCACAAAGUGUGGGUUCCAAAAUUUACAUAAAGUUGUUUACAUUUUCCAAGAUGUGAGAAACGGCCAUAUUCCGGCGGAAAGGUUGAUGAAUAUUUUGAUAGACUUUUGUCUAACUCUGAAUCAGACGAAACUAAUUUUAAACUACAUGCAUGUGACGAAAACAACUUUAUCUGGUGAAACCAGCGCCAACACGUCGUCGCUUCGAGACUGACUUCGUGACUUCAAAAGGCAGCGCUUUUCGCAUGCUCGGUCAAGAUAGAAAGCGUAAUCUUUCGCGAAUCCACGGCUGGCCCAGGUAAAACAGUUACUUUAGAAAAACUCUUGACAGAGUCAUGGUGUAAAAAUAAGUACAAGCGACAACUCCAUUUGAGUAAAACAAUUAAAAAAUGUUCACCACGACUGGCGAUUAAAAUUGUUUUCGCACAGGUUUAGCGACGUUAGGUUUGCUUCUCACACGAUAAUAAAGGACUGGAAUUCUGAGUUUCUCCGUCUCGAUGAGGAAGUGAAAGUUUAUAUCCCUGAGUUUUGCUCUCGAUUAAUGCUCACCGUGGAAAUAAUUUUUUUAAUGCUUGUCUCAUCGACGACUGAUGAAAUCGGCACUUUGUGACUCGUUUUUUUUAAAAUCGCGAGUGUAAGACUAGUAAUGGUUUUGCACGAUCAUGUGUUUAUAACAUCGGACUGAAAGUAACUGUUACGCUAUUCAUUUGUUAAAAGUCCUUAGAUGUAAACCGUUAGACAAACGUUAAAAGUCCCUAGAUGUAGAGCGUUAGACAACCGUUAAACGGCUCCAGUCAUCCGUUAGAACAAACUGCGUAACUGUUAGAACGUUUUCUUCAUCCGUUAGACAUACUUGGUUAGCCGUUAGACCGUUAGGAGAAAGCGUUAGAAGGUUUUGAUCAUCCGUUAGGCACAACUAGAUAACCGUUAGAACGUUAGGACAAAACGUUAGAAUGCUGUGAAGGCCGUUAACAAUCCGUUAGCUAUCCGUCCGUUAGAGAGCAUUUAACGGAUAAGCGUUAAGGUACGUUUUCCCGUGCACGGUCACAUUUGUCCUGUAAGUUGAUGUAACAUUUAACUAAAUUGUGACAAAACGACAGCUUCUGAGCUUUGCCGAAAAUCCUGCAUUGUAGAUAAAGACUGUUCCCGUUUGAAGGCCCCUGGUCCAGCCAGUGGUUAAUUAGUUCCGCCACUUGGCCACUUUGUAAGCUGGCAUGCAAACUGUGUGCAAAAGAAACAUUCCAAGCGCUAACUGAUCUAAAUUCCUGUAUAUUUUCUGUAGGCAUCAUUUUAACAUCGAAACCAAAUGAGAUUUCUGUGUAAAGAGCUUUAGUUUAAUCUUGUGAAGAAUUAUUAUUUUCGCUUCUUUAGGACUAAAAUAUGUCAUGCAGUUAGGAUGAGAUGGCAGCAAAAUCGCCACUAGUUUACAUCCUGUUUUAAGUCGUAGUUUUAAGUCAAUGUUAUUGUCAUCUAACCCAUGAUGUUUUUGGCUAUGAAGCCUCGUAAUGUCAUUGGUGUGUUUCAAUCCGUCUAUUAUUUGCCACAGUUGAAGAGUGGUUUGAGUCAAAGUGACUUUGUGACUUCCUUCACAACUUAAUUUACCAAUCAGAUCAAUAAGCAGAGUUAAAUACCAUCAACUGACGCGAUACAACUCAAUUUUACUAUAUAAAGAUGACUACCAGUUAGGCUGUCGAAACAUCAGCCACUGUCAACAACAGUCCUAUUCAGGACUACGUUCAUCCGGAUGAUCAGACAGCUGUAGUGUCAACCAUUAAUGACCAUUAAUAGUAUGAUUAACAGUAAUAUAUCCUUUGUUUCUCCACAAAGGCUGCCUGUUGCUGUGGAUCAUCAGCAUGUUUCUGCUGCUGUGCUCGUUGUCCCUCCUGCAAAAACUCAACGGCUUCAAGAAUUGUCUAUACCAUUUUCCUCUUAAUGGGAACUGUCUUGUCUGCUGUAAUGCUUGCUCCGGGGAUCACAGACAAGUUGGAGGAGAUACCUCGAUUUUGCGAGCAUAUUCCUGAGAACUGCAACAGCCUGGUGGGCUACUUAGCUGUGUAUCGUGUCUGCUUUGCUAUGGCUGCAUUUUUCUUGUUGAUGGCAGUCAUGAUGUUCAAAGUUAGCAGCAGUCAUGACCCAAGAGCAAAGUUCCAGAAUGGGUGAGUUCAUUUCAAAUUAAUUAUACAGCUCUUUCUUUUGUAAGAAAAGAAAAUGCAAUUUAUUUUAGUUUCAAGGUAUUUAGCAUGAAAGUACUAAUGGGAGACACUAUUUAUAUGUGUCAUCCGAGCCACGCAAAGGUCUAGCUGCUUGCAACACAAAGGGAGUACUCUUUAUUUCUCAGUUAUUUUAAGACCCUGAGUAUUGGUGUGGCCCCAGGAAUCAAACCCACAACCUUCCACUCUGCGGUCAAGUACUCUAGCAACUAAGCUAAUCCUGCUAUGGUUAGAGCAACAUACAGUGUUGGUUAAUUUUGGAAAAAAUCUGAAGAAGAUGCAUUUUGUUCACUCCUACAAUGUACUGGUUAACUAAUAGUCCUCCACUUGUGUUUUGCCACAGCUCCUUGUAAGGAUUGCAAGGUAAUGCACAUGAAAAAGUAGAAAUCAAAAUGGCAGAGCAGACCAUUCGAGACACUUGUUUUUGUUUCAUAUUGCGCACAUAUUUACCAUUCUUUUAAUUGUUUUUAUUAUUACUAUAAUGGGAAAAAAAAUCUUGCUACUUUUGGUAGAAUCUUCUAAUGUUUUUAGGUGAUCCUGUUUUUAUGUGGCAGUUGUAGUUUUACCUAUUUUGUUUUCUUUGCAGAUUUUGGUUUGUGAAGAUAGCAAUCUUCAUUGGUAUUCUUGUGGGGGCAUUUUAUAUCCCAAGAGGAGCCUUUGGCACAGGUAUAUCAAUGAUAAGUAUUCAAGUGAAAAUAUCAAACCCCGGUUAGUAAGGUGCGGAAGCAGCACCAAUAUCGAUCAUUGUUCUGGGCCGUUAAUGGAUUUUUCCCUUCAACCUGGCAAAAUUGACCGUAGCAUUUUUAAUUAGGUAAGAAAGGGGCAGGUCUAGGGAAGGGGGGGUGCACACCCCCCCUUCCCUGAGAUGACCUGCAGCUUUUUAAUACAACUGGUAUUCUGCAGAAAAAAAAUUAUGGUAUAUAGUGGCGCUGAAGUAACACGUGAGACGAAGUUGAGGAAUUUAUGUUUAACACCGUAAAAAUGGUAGUUAAAAUGGUAGGUCCUUUGUGGUGGACACCCACUUUUGAAAAAUCCUGGAUCCACCCCCGCAAUAAUGCAGUGCACUCAAAUCCUGGUAAACAGGUGGGGACCCAGAACAAGGAUUUCAAUGGACUUAAUAAGAGGUUUAUUUGGGUCUUUGGUGCAGGCUAGUUAAAAAAUGGGCAUCAAUAAUAAUUUGUCAGAGUUGUCAUUGAAAUUACCUUGUUAGGAUGAGUUGUAUACAGGGUAGUUUAUGUAUCAGUCGUACUGUAAGCAUAGGAUAUCAGAAAAAUGUUGUGUUGUAGUGAAUAUGUUAAACUUGUGUUCUGUUCUCUAUAUAAUCUGCAUAAAAAACAGUGUGCCCUCCCCAAGGUUAAUACUGAAUGAUUUAUGACAUCUUAUGUAAAUAGACUGAUUUUUAAACACAGGAUAAGGUAGUUUCUACCUAGUAUUCUAUCAUCCAUUUGUAGUUUAACUAGUUUGAUUUUUAGGGUAGAUUUUUAUUGAGUGUAUAGGCAACUAGAAUGUAACAAAAGAUAUGUACUUUUAUCUUUUGGCAAUAAAGAUGAUGAUGAUUAUUAUUAUUCUUUCCAGCAUGGAUGUACAUUGGUAUGAUUGGUGGAUAUCUGUUUAUACUACUGCAGUUAAUUCUACUUAUUGACUUUGCUUACAACUGGAGUGAAUCAUGGUAGGUUCCAAAUACCUAAAUUAAAAUAAUUUAUUCAAUAAACCUAGCGAUAAGUAAAAAGGGCUCACCUGAAUAUAAUGUCAUGAUGGUGGCUGGUCACAUUAUAUUUUGAAAGUGCUUGGUCGUCUUUCGGCACUACUUAAGUAAAGGCCACAAUCGAACAGGUGAAAAACCUUCUAAAGAAAUUCAUUGCCUGUAUUAAUUUUAUUUUAAACAUAAUUGGUAUUAUGGUGGCCAACUAGAAAACCUACUGAUUCUGUUGGCCAUCAUACUCAGAGUUUCAUAGUAAUUUCAUAGUGCUCAACAUUUUUCCUGUAAACAUAAAGUCUGUAACCUAGCAUUAGUCAAAAUAUUGGGGGAAAUAAACUGAACUGAACUGAACUGCAUUUGCAUGUACACAAAAUCCUGUUUAUAAUGCAGUUUUCUAGCCACAUUGAAUUUCUGUACCUUUGAUGAGCCAAAGUGGUUUUUCCAAAUUAAUAUGAAAUGUUUAAAAUUUUGAAGCUGGUUUGAAUUGUUGUACUGUAGGGUUGAGAAGUAUGAGACAACAGGAAACAAAAGGUGGUACUGGGGUAGGUACAUCUAUAAUGGUCAUUAAAAUAAUAUUCAACUAUCUCCCAAGGGUAGGUGAAUAGAGGUAUAUAUCUAGGGCUGUUCACCGACACUGAGGGGGGAUAGUUGUUUAAGUAUUUACCAAAUCAGUUGGAUAAAAAUUUAAUGAAAAAAGUAACUUUUUGUAAAUUUAAAACGUCACUUAGUAGGAACCUUAUUUACAAUUCACAAACAUUUCAAGGAUUUGUAAAGUGCAUUUUUACAAUUUUGUAGCAAAUUCAACAUGGAAAUAAUUUUCUACCUACCAGUAAACACUGACAAGCCACAGCUUGUCACUUUCUUACUAUUUGUUUGUACAGCUGCUUCAUUUAUUGAACAAAUUUUGUCUUCGAAAAUGUCUUGAAUCAAGAUGCCAUCUUGGCUCUGGUCACAAAACAGUGAAUAGCUAAGGUUAUUCUAAAUUACGAUAGCCAAUCAAAAUGCGCAAAAGUUGCUAUUCACUAGUUUGGUAAAUAUCAAGUUAUAUUAUUUUCUCUUGCACAAAAGAGUGGCUUUCAGACAAAUAUACCAUACAGAUCACCAUUAUAUAUAUUAAGGGGUGCCAGGGAUAUAGCUAAGGAUGAACUUAGCAUGUUUUGUUUUAUUAGUCAAGCUUGCUUUUUUGUGCUCAACUACAUGUCCUUCAAAAUCACCCCAUGUCGUUCAUAAAAUAAUUUUUCUCUUGCAAAAUGAGUAUCUUUCAGACAAGUACACCAUAAAGAUCACUCCACGAAUGUGUUAAACAUGUAGUUCAAAAUUAAAGUCAGGUGAAAUCUUUUAACCUAGGUCCUAGUGUCAAAAACCUUUGGACUUUUCUUUCUUGAAAUAUAUAUUUUUAGCCUUGUAAUAGUUCACUUUUUAAAGCUGAACACAAUUAAUGAAAAUGUUGACUUUGAUUUCAGCUCUUGUGAUAGUCACAAGUGGAAUUUAUAUCCUUUCCAUUGCUGCUGUUGUGUGCUUUUUCCUGUUUUACACUGAAGUAAGUUGUAUCUUUCUGAGUGGCAGCCACAAACAAAACACAGGCCACAGGUCACAAGCGCAGGUCCUCACUGUAUUGAUAACUAACUGAGAUAAGCAGUUCCCCCUUAACCUAAAACUCUAUUUAAGAUUGUGAUUUGGGCUGAAAGACACUGUUAGUAUUGUUUUUUUCCACAGCACAGUGACCUGUACUCUAACCUGUAUGUCUGUGGGCUCAAAGUAAUGCCAUAUAAGAACGUAGUGAUUUCAAGAACCUACAGGCUGAAAUGUGGUAUUUAAAUACCCCCCAAAAUAAGAACCUGUUCAGCCUGGGAAAGAAAAAUACUUUAAAUCACUCCAAUUGUGAUGGUAAAAAUUCUCUAUUUAAUUGUGCGAGAAACAUUUGACAAAAGUUAUUGUGUACAAUUAUGUUUUCUUUGAUUUAUGUUUGUUUGGAUUUUCACUAGAAAUAUGUUUUCCAUAAACCAUUAUAUGUAUUAGAAGUACAAUAUUUCUCGCUAUGGUUACACUAUGACAACCUAUGAAAAAUAAGUAUCUAUUACACUGUAACUGAAUUGUGAAAACCUACCCUAAAAUAUAACAACCUGUUCAGCCUAACCUCCCGAUAAAGGUUCUUUAUGCAGGUUUUUACUGUACCAACCACCGUUUAACAACACAAAAAACACUUACUCUAUUGAUUUUAUGUUUGGACGUGGAUAAUGAUCUAGUUUUUCUUUCUCUAUGUAGUUCUAUUUAGUUUGUUGACAGAAAAUCUUAAUUGGACCCCCCUCGUUAAGCAUCUUCCUUCUCAUAAGUGCCCUCCUUUUGGCAGAAAUUUUAAAUGAAUGCUCAGGCUGCCACUUAUACAAGGAAAUACAGGGCCAGUCUAUACUCAUCUUGUGUUUUUCAAUAAUUUUUUGUUUUUCAGCCAUCGGGAUGCAAGACCAACAAGUUUUUCAUCAGUUUAAACUUGGUGCUGUGCUUUAUUGUUUCCAUGGUCGCAAUACAUCCUAAAGUGCAGGAAUGUAAGUCAUAUCAGAUGGCUGUUGAGUUUGUGUAAUUUUGUGAUAAAAAUUAUUUCUCAAUAAACCUGCUUUUUAUGAUCUGCAUGCUAUGGCUUUAAUUUCAACUGUCAGUUUCAAAUUUCAAUCAUUCCUAGGGAAUUUUCCAAAGUCAGUACUGGCUGGCCAGACCAUGGCCACUGAACCAGUCAUUUUGUGGCAAUAAGCUUUUUCCAAGAGUUUUUGCUGAAAAGCCAUCUUCUUUAUGCAUACUAUUUAGAAUUUGACAAAAGUGGCUGGAUAGUUCUGAUUAAAAGUGAAAUUCUCAUUAUGACGGGAAUGGUCUGGCCAGUCAGUUCUGCAAUUUUCAUAAGCAUAUUAAUUUUAAAUUUUGCUUUUGAUUCAUAAGGUCAACCAAGUUCUGGACUGUUACAGGCUGCAGUUAUCACUUUGUACACAAUGUACUUGACUUGGUCAGGCAUGUCAAAUGAACCAGGUAUGUAAGAGUGACAGUGUAGAUUUGUCAUGUUACUCAAACAGAUAAGACUGUAGUCCUUCGCACACAUAUAAACGACAAUGUCGCUUACAACAGUUUUUGUUUGAAGAAUGCAGUGAAGGAAAAGAACUGUGUGAGUCCUUGGACUCUACGAUGCCUUUAGUCAUGCUAAUAGUUAUUCAAGGUGUGGCUCCAGAAAAUAUCCAUACUCCCUCCACAGAAGGGGAAGAAGCGUGGGGGGUUCUCAAAGGCCCAAAAAUUUAAGUAAAUGUAUGAAGCUUGACCAGAAUUUCCAGAGAGGUAAGGGGGGGGGGGUCUUAGCAAAAACCCCUUCUGUGGAAGCAGUGGGGGUAUGGAAAAUUUUUGGAACCACACAAUCUUCUUUUCUACGUAUUGGUCAUGUACCCUGCAAAUAUUCAAUUUCACUAUUGGUGAGAUAAAGGAAAAAUUGCGCUUUUCUCCUAUCAUCUUUGGGGUUUUAUUUUUUUCUUCGACUGUCUUUGGUCAAUUUUUGGUAUAAUUCUAGUGGAAUAAAUCUACUGCAGGUAUAUCUCGUGAGCAAAAGUUGCUUUAAGGUAUGGAGAAUCCUUUAAGUGCAUUAGCACUGCUUGCAACAUUUUUAGUUACUGUGUAACCCAGGGGAAGGAAAAAGUAUUUUUUGAUAAUCCAGAACAAUUCUUUGGUUUAUUUGGUGUUUCUAUUACAAGUUGCUUACUGGCAAGGAAAGAGUUUGUUACUGUUACUUUUUAGAGAAAAAAAUAUUGCUUAAUUUUGGACUAGCUUAGAACUCUGGGCGAGCAAACUAAAGCAACAUCUUGCGUGUAUUUUUUUUUAAAUUUUGUUGUUCAAUUGCACCCACAGUAUAGUCCUAACCUUAUCUUGAUUCCCCUCUCUUUUUAAGUACUGCAUUGUUGGCUAGUUUUUGUUAGAUGUUUUUGUUUAGAUGUUUGCUUUUGCUUACGUUAUCCCCAGAUCAGAUGUGCAACCCAAGUGGCUCCUUGAUUUCCAGUUCCAGUCUUUCCCCUGGCCUUGGCAAUGGACGCACUAUCUUAGCAGCAGUUCUGAUGUUCGUGAUGGUGGUCUACUCUUGGUAUGUGAUUUUUUUAUUCAAUCCACUCACACUGGCAUCUUGUUUCUUCCUACAAUCGAACCUGCACCAACGGCCACCUCUCUACAAUGGCUACUCUUCUUUGUCCCGGCGGACAGUCCAUAGGUUGACUCUUGUUUAACCUCUCUACAACGGCAACAGCCACUAAAGCUCGUCCGCAACUGCCAAAAUAUCCUCUCGACAAUGGCCAGUUUUUUAGCGACUGACGUAAAGUAAAAAAUGGUCACGACAUUUGAUCCGUUUGGCGCCGCGUUGAUGAUUAAUCGCAGCAAUUGUAUUUAUUUAUUUAAGUUCUUUUUGUGUAUUUUAUCAGGACAUAAUAUUCUGUAUUAUUGGAUUAUCAGUACUGGAUACAGUAAGCAUGAAUUUGGCACAAUAAACAUGUUUUACGCCUCUAAAACAACUUGUCAUAUUACACCCCCACCUCCCCACCACGGCCACUUUCCUCUGUCCCCAAGGUUUCCGUUCGACUGUACGUGUAUUUCUUUAUCUUUCUCUGUCUUUUUUUUUUCUUUUAGCAUCAGAACAACCAGCUCUAAUCGUCUCACAGCCAGUGGUAGCAUGGAGGUUUGUAUCUACUGUAUUUGAAUAAGUGCAUGCCCUCAAUCCCUGAAAUACAUUGCUCAUGCUGGUGCCCACAAGAAAAUCGUCUUUUCUUUUUCUUAUCAAUAUUGCUAAGUUCAAGCUAUCCCUGAAAAGUUUAUGGAAAAAAAACCCGAAACUGGAACAAAACCUACCUUCCCCUCACCAGUCAAACACUGCAAUUUUACCCCCGAUUUUUCAAACCUUACAAUAAUUCAAACUAAUUCUCACGCUGGUCCAAAAAAUCAGAAUUCCACUGUGAUUCUACUAUAAUCUACGCAUUUUUAAGCUAAUUUUGUUUUUCAAAAAUUUAUGCAGCGUUUUGCAAGCAAUAUUAACUAAGAAAGUUAAGUGCAAAUGAGCCAUGCGCUCUUUGUAAAUUGUUUGUUUGUAAAAGUAAUGGCUCAAAUUUUCAGACAUUUAGUAGUUGUGCGAUGGUCUGUAUUUAUGCUCAAAAGGGCAAAAAAUGUAAGCGAGGAUUUACUUUUGGAGGUUUGAAUGUUUGUAAUAAUAAAUUUUACAGUGACUUAUGAUUUUAUAAAUUUAUUGUUAUUUGUAAAGUAAUAGCCAUUUUUAUUUUUAUUAGUUGAUUAUUUUUCAUUUAUAUGAUUGUUAAUAAUUUGUUGUUUCUUCAAGUUAUAUGGGCCACCUACCCCCGAGCUUUGCAAAGUUCUGCGAUACACGUAUUUCUAGUAUGGUUCGUAAAUGAAAGGUUUCUUAUCUUUUAUUUGUAGGAGACACUUUUGCCAGAUUAUACGCAAGGUGUGUACUUGGUUCUUUAAUAUAUGGGAUCAGCCAAGGCUAAAGCUCCUGUACCGUUGAUAAAUUUAUAAUUUACUUCAAGCAAUAAACUUAUAACCGUUGCAAAGAAUCCAUUAGGAGUUAAGCCUGCGAUCACUUGAAAAACUGGUAACUUGUCACAAUGGUUACCCUGUGGUGCGGACGGACGGUCGGACGGACGUACGCUCACAUGACUACCAAAUUUUGUCGAUUUUUGUCAUAAGCUGAGCAGAAUCUAUUUAUGAUUUCAGUUAAAAAAAAAUCAUUUUGCUGUGAAAAAGUGGUUGCCAUUAUUUUCAACCACGUUGCAGGAAGUACAUUUACAGGCAGCCUUAAUUUCGUCACAAUUCUUAUCACCGGACUUUGGAAAUAAGCGAUGUUGUAUUGUUCUUGCCAUUUCGCAAUAAUAAAGAUAUUUAGAAUAUUACUUUACGCAAAAUCGUGAAAAUUUGUCGCAAAGCAUUUUAUAUACCUGUAAGAAGUGUACUCCUAGGCUGUCCUAGAGUGUGUCUCCCUGUUCUGUUGAUUAAAUCGCCGUUUUUUUAAAGUUCAUACUGUUUCUUGUUAUCUAGACGCAGAAAGUGGAAGUGUUAACAACGACGAAAACAAGCCCCGAUUUCAGCAAGUUUAUGACGACGAGUCAACAGCUGUCACCUACAACUACAGUUUUUUUCAUAUCACUUUCUUCCUGGCUUCUCUUUACAUCAUGAUGACACUCACAAACUGGUAUAGGUGAGUGUACAGUUCAAAAUCUCUACGUUUUCUUUGCAUUAACUAUUAAUGAGUUUAUACCUUUUAUCAUCCGGUUUUGAGGUCCGCACCGGGCUCGGUUGCGUAAAACGCCCAUAACAAUUACCGGUGUACGUACGUGUACUCGUAACUUUAAGUGAGUUGCAUUAAAUUACUUAAGUGGUCCACUUAGGGAUUUCACUUAAGUGGCUGCACUUACGAUUCUCGUAAGUGUUCACCUAAGUGUCUUUUAUGCAACGGAAAUUGCGGGUGUUGCAUAAAACCUUUUUUACGGGAAAAAUACCACCUAAAUUUACGGGACCUAUGUAGGUCCCGUAUCCUUACUGUUUUUACCAAAGUUAAUGAGAUCUUUUACUGAGAAAUGAAAAAAAAAGUUUUUUCUUUACGUAAUUCCGUUCUAAUUCGCCGUGUUAACCUCUGGGCCGGGUUGUUCAAAGAAGGGUUAAGAUAACCCAGGGUUAGUGCAAAAUUUGAAUUCAGAUAUCAAAGCUUAAGAGCAAAGUCAGUGUUAUUAUUUUUGUCUACAGUUUAAUGAUUGAAUGGCCUAAAAAGAAUACAGAAAAUAAUCCGGGAAAAUGCUUUUGAACAAACGAAAAAGAAACCCGGGUUAAAUUUAACCCUGGGUUAGUGCUAUUCGGCCUUCGAACAACUGCGCCCUGAUGUACACUUUAAAGCCGUGGUUAAGAAAAAAGAAGAACAACAAACAUUUCCUGUGGACAUUGAAGUAGAAUAACGAUUGCAUGCAAACUUAGUUUCAGUGAGAGGCUUAAAAGUGUUAGUAGCGACUUGACACUUUAUUUACACUCACCAAUGGUUAACUUAAAAAAAUGGAGUGAGUCAAAUUACAUGUAAGAAAGUACUAUAACAAAGUCACGUGUGCCCUUAGGGGAGCCAGUAAGUUAUCACGUUAAACAGAAACUUAGGUAGGGAUUCGAGAGGCCUAACUUUUUAUCUUUUUUUUUAAUAGUCCACAGGGUUCUGACUUCACUACCCUGACUAGCAACUGGGCCACAGUGUGGGUCAAAGUCAGCUCCAGUUGGGCCUGCCUCGCUCUGUAUCUGUGGACACUACUUGCACCAGUCCUCCUCCCAGACAGGGAGUUUGGGCACUAAUUGAAAGAGUCCUUCAUUUUGUAUAAACGACAUGAUAUCGUAUUGUAAAUUCUCAUUUAGGCAACAGGAUGGUUUCUUUUCUCUUUGAACGUUUAAGAGAGGGCUCAGAAAGUUCUUUUGUUUUGUUUUGUUUUUUUUUAAUGUGCUUUACAAAAUUCGCCAGAUGUAACGUUUUAGAUUUUAACGUUUCUGUUGGUCCUAAGUUGUGAUCAAGGAAAAGCUGCGGACAACUACUGAGCGGCAUUUUUCUUUGUUAAUUUUAUUACGCUCUUCAAGUUGGUUAUCAUAAACUUUUCAACAGUCACUGGUGAAUUUGGUAGGUGUGACCACGCAAAUGAUCACUCACAGCAAUUCCUUUCUGUGAUAUGCUUAUACUUCAUGAAUUUUGUGUUUCUGUAUUAUAAGGUAUUAUUAUAUGGCCAUGUCUCAAAAGGACUGGAAACAAACAAAUUCGAGAAUUUGAUUGGCUAAGAUCUAUCUUGACCGCGGUCUAGAUUUUCCCAUCUAGACCGGCAUCUAGACCGAUCUUGUUGUAACAGUUGUCCUCAAAAAGUUACAAACAAAGAAUAUGAAAAAAUUGGCUUGUUUGUACAAAAAUUUGUACAAAGCUGGACUUUGAGCAGUUUUUUUUGCCCCGUUUAGACUGAAGACCAGUGACAGAAGAAAGCCAGCUAAAUGCUGGAGCCCGCGUGGGGAAGUAAAUAUAAUUAGUUAUGUUUUUGUUCCUUUGCUUUCGUGUUUGGUCAUAUAAUAAACAUCUUAUUAACCGAGCUAGGUCGGUCUGUAUGGGAGAAUCUUGAUCUCGGUCGCUGGUACAGACCUCACUGCGUUCGGUCUGUACUGGCGACCUCGGUCAAGAUUCUCCCAUACAGACCUUUCGCUCGGUUAAUAAGAGCUAAGUUUUAUCUUUCGUAGCAGGUCACAAAAUUGUAAAAUGUGAACAGGGGCACUCAUUAUUACUGAAUUUAAAUGGGGAAACCGUAGAUUUCGGUUGGAAAAUCAAAUGAUUAACGCCUUUCCGUUUGAGAACCUUCGGAAAAUAUGGGCUGUCAUGUAAGGCGGUGUAUUUUUUCUACUCGUUUCAAUAUACUUAGUUGUUUUGGCUACACUUUGUAGCGGGUUUCUCACCCACAAGGUCAUGUUUAAUUGUCAAAUGCUUAUGCGUGAGAUCAAGUGGCUCGUGUAAAAUACUAAGCCACCAACCUCUCCUUUGGUGACCAGUGUGUGAGAGACAUACCAGAAGUACAAGUAUUAACAUUAUUAGAAGCUCUUUUAUCCUGAAAAAUUUAAAACAAGUUAGCUGUAAAGGAGGAAUUGGGGA